ACUUUAUUCUGUAGAAAAGGUACAGCACUAAUCAUUUCUCUCCAAGCACAUACACAUACUCGACAUCUGUAAUCAUGGGCAAAGAACGUCAAGCAGUCAUCGGCAAUGCCAAAAACUUCUGGCUACAUUCGUCAAAGCAUAACAGAUUCGAUCUUACACAUCCAGAAUCUCCGUCCAGCGAACCAAUUUCACCGCGACUGGACCUGACUACAUCAAACACGCCCAUUACUCUGGAUCCGAAAAAGACAGCCCUUGUGAUCAUAGACAUGCAGAACUUUUUCCUAUCCGAAGGUUUCGGAAGGAAGAAGGGUGCGGGACACACAGCAACCAAGAACUUGGAGCAAUUCGCCAUUCCUGCAGCGAGGAAAGCGGGUAUACAAGUUAUCUGGUUGAAUUGGGGAUUGACGGACGAAGACCUCGACGUCAUGCCACCAGCUAUCAAGCGCGCCUUCGGCUUUGAAGCCAUUGUCGAUGACGAGGAUGAAGAAGUUGAAGCCGAGACAGCAGAGGGAGAUGUCUUCAGAGAGCAAGACGGUGAAGCAGGUACGCCCAAGGCUCAACCUCAGGACACAGUUGUACUGGAGAAUGGCAAGGACAAACGUAUCUACAAGGGUCUCGGAUCUUGGUGUGGAGAGGUGAAACUCGCAGAUGGCUCGACAGUUGACGCAGGAAAUCUACUCAUGCGCGACGCCUGGAACUCGGCUCUGUACCCUCCUCUCGACACCAUGUAUACCGAAGGACUGAACCUCCCUUCCAACCCAGACAUAUGGAUCCACAAAGAUCGUAUGAGCGGUAUGUGGGGGGCGCGCACCGAUUGCGAAGAUUUCCUGCAGAAGCAGGGGAUCAAAAGUCUGCUCUUUGCCGGUGUCAAUACGGAUCAGUGCGUCAGUGGUACCUUCACAGAUGCGUUCAGCAAAGGUUAUGACUGCGUGAUGCUCAGAGAUGCAUGCGGUACUACAAGUCCGGAGUUCUCUCAACAAUGCAUCGAGUUCAACGCGGCGAAGAGUUGGGGGUUUGUGGCCACGUGCGAAGACCUCGCAAAGGGGGUAGAUGAUAUGGUUGGUCAAUAGGCAACUGGAUAGCUCGUGUA